AUCCUGGAAUGGAACCUCUUACCUGGAACAUAACCUGCCCCGGACCAGGUUAGCCAUGGAGCGGAAGUUACUAUGGCGAUUAACACUGCUAAAACCCAAACCACUUUCAUGGUGUCUAAAACCUAGGGUUGGCGCAAACUAAACUGAAACAUACCUAGCUAGCCACCAAAACCGGCUUCAUGGUAUAGACCCCAGGACCAAAAACCACUCAGAACAGCAACAACAUUGCAACCUUACGGCUCUUUUGACUUUUUCCAGUGAGCAAACACCUAAAAACCUCAUGGCAAAGAACUUGAAAACAUUUAGCAAAUGCUGCAAUACAAUUAAAAUUGCAAUUGUUACGUAACUCCCUAACAUUGUGAUUAAAAACCACCCAAAAUGGUAACAGCAUAGCAAUUUUGAUUCAGACUUUAGGCAAAGCAAAAAAGCUUUGUUAUGCAUAAUGUUAAUACUGCUAAUGCUAAUACAAUGCUAAUGCUAAUACAAACAGUUUCAAUUAGAGCCAAUCGAUAAUUUGGGGUGUUAAUUAUUUGAGUUCACUCAGGAUUAGUUAAAGUGUUAAAUUUCACAUCUGCACAUGUAUUCUGUGGCGAUAAAACCUUCAGGUUGUCACACUGCAGGAAUGCAACACUCCAAUUACGCAAUACACAGUAUUGUGUUUCGUCCACAAAACUGACAGACCCUCGUUUUAUCUGAACAGAGGGACAGAGAAACACAAGGCAAAGCAGCCUGAGAGGUGGGAGGAGGACAAGAGAUAUUUUGACUGCCAAGGGAGACAGAAAGUGUAUUUUGUGGAUAAAGGCCCGUGUGCUUGCAUCUGUGUGUGUGGUUGUGCGUCAGAGGGAGGCGUGUUGUGGUGAGAUGUGGACAGUCAGUCCGGCUCUGUUGCAGCGGGGGCCACGUUACUCUGGCUUCUCCUGAGUCCGGCUCCUCUUCAAAACUCAAAUACAGAUCCGACUAUGAGCCCGCUGAGGGAGACGUCUAAAAAAUGACAGAACGGCAGAUGGCUUCUUCUGAAAGGAGCUUACGUAUCCAGGGUGAUGACAACCUGAAGUCCAUGAUCGUCGGCACAGUGAUGAGAAAAAUCAAGUCUCGAACGUGGAAAAAGCAGCGUUACUUCCGGCUACAAGAAGACUGCAUGACUAUAUGGUACAAGAGCAAGAAAGCUGGGAAUGCCCACUCCACCUUUUCUGUGGGUGAUGUGGAGGCCGUGCGGGAAGGGCACCAAUCUGAGGUUCUGCUUAGCAUUGCUGACGAGUUCCCACCUGACCGAUGCUUCACCCUCGUGUUUCGUGGUCGACGGGGCAACUUGGACCUAGUGGCCGAAUCAGCAGAGGAGGCACGAUCAUGGAUAAAUGGGAUACGCAAACUCAUCGAUAACCUGGAGAACAUGGGGCAGAGAGAGAAACUAGACCAAUGGAUAUGCGAUUGGUUCAAAAAAGCGGACAAAAACAGAGAUGGGCAGAUGAACUUUAAGGAGAUCAGAGAUCUGCUGAAGAUGAUGAACGUGGACAUGAAUGAGCAUCACGCUCUCCGUCUCUUUACGAUGGCGGACAAGUCUCAGUCAGGUACUCUUGGAGACGAUGAGUUUGUGCUGUUUUAUAAGAUGCUGACUCAGCGUGAAGACAUCCUGCGAGUGUUUCAGGAAUAUUCGAGUGAUGGGCAGAAGCUAACACUCAAAGAUCUUAAAGAUUUCCUGCUGGAGGAGCAGCUUCACAAGGAUGGAGUUCAGCAGUAUGCACUCAAUCUCAUUGAACGCUAUGAACCUUCAGACACAGCAAAAAUGUUGCAAGCUAUGACAUUUGACGGCUUCCUGAUGUACCUGAGCUCAUCAGAGGGCUCCAUCUUCAACCCUACCAUGGUGGACCUGUCCCAGGACAUGACUCAGCCUCUCUGCCAUUACUUCAUUUCAUCUUCUCAUAACACAUACCUUCUGGAGGACCAAAUCAGAGGACAUAGCAGCGUGGAAGGCUAUAUACGAGCAUUGAAACGUGGCUGUCGAUGUGUAGAAGUGGACUGUUGGGAUGGACCAAAUGGAGAACCAAUCGUCUACCAUGGACACACGUUUACCUCCAAGAUCUUCUUCAAGGAUGUUGUUACUGUGCUGAGCAACUAUGCCUUCAAAGCAUCGCAGUACCCUGUCAUCCUGUCCAUUGAGAACCACUGCAGUGUAGAGCAGCAGAAAGUCAUGGCCCAACACCUCACCCAGAUCCUGGGAGACAAGCUGCUGAAAAGCACUUUAGAUGGAAAGAUUCCCAUCGGCCUCCCAUCCCCUGAGGAUCUGAAAGGGAAGAUUCUGUUGAAAGGAAAGAAGAUAGGUGGAUUAGAGGAUAGCAUGAAUGGGGUGGCGGAUGACCCUUUGACAGGAGAGGUGAGCGACGAAGAGGAGACCGCUGAAAUUGAUGAUGACCAUCAUCGCACCGACAGCAUACGACAUAGAGGCAAGAAAUCCAAGCAGCGUCUGUCUAAAGAGCUGUCCGACUGUGUGGUUUACUGCAAGAGUGUCCACUUUAGCAGCUUUAAACAUUCACGAAUACACUCCAAGUUUUACGAGAUCUCCUCCUUCACAGAGUCUAAGGCCCGGAAACUCAUGAGGGAGGCAGGAGCAGAGUUUGUUCUCCAUAACGCUCAUCAGUUGAGCCGGGUUUACCCCAGUGGCUUGAGAACGGACUCAUCCAACUUCAACCCACAGGACAUGUGGAACGCAGGGUGCCAAAUUGUUGCUCUGAACUUUCAGACCGCAGGGGUUGAGAUGGAUCUAAACGACGGCUUAUUCAGUCAGAACGGGCAUUGUGGCUACGUACUGAAACCAGCGUUCAUGCGCAACAUCGAUGAGAGUUUUGACCCAGAAACCCCCCAAAACCGAGAUGAUUACAAUCCGCUUAGCCUUUCUAUACAGGUCAUCAGUGGCCAACAGCUUCCCAAGGUAAACUUCAAGGAGGGCUCAAUUGUUGAUCCCCUCGUUCGGGUGGAAAUUCAUGGCAUACAGCUGGACCAAGCCAAGCAGGAAACCAGAUACAUUGACAACAACGGUUUCAACCCGGUAUGGUACGACACGCUUCAGUUCACCGUUCACGCCCCUGAAUUGGCGCUGGUUCGGUUUGUCGUGGAGGACUAUGAUAAAACAUCAAAGAACGACUUUGUGGGACAGUUCACUCUCCCUUUCGCCUGUAUUCAACCAGGAUAUCGUCACAUCCAUCUCCUGUCUAAGGACGGCACCAGCAUACCUCCUUCCUCGCUUUUUGUUCACGUGCAGAUAACUAAACUAAUUUAACUGAAUUUAACGCUGUCUUACAUUGACGUAUGCACAAAAAAAGCAAAAAUGCAACAAUUUCAAGUCUUCCCAGUCAACACUUGUUUGCAGAAUGCUGACAUCAUAAUUUAAAAAAUAUAUUAAAAUUCACACUUUUAAGGUAAAGUUGUGUUACUACUAUAGAUUUAGUUUAUAUAUACGCCAAAUAAUUUUAUAGUUAUUUUAUUUACUUUAAAGACUUGUUAUUAAGAUUUGUGUGAUUUUCUAUGUCUAAGUUCAACUUCAAUGAGAUACAGGUUGUCCAGGUUGUAUUUUAACCUCAAAAUCAAAAGAAAAACAAGAUAAUAAAGCUUAUUUUGUCCUUGUUUCAAGGACUACAAAAUGGGGGACGUUACACGACAACGAUGUACUAAAAUAGGAAACUUUUUUUCGCGGACAGAGACGACAGUGCUGUUAAAAUGAUGCCCGUUCACACGGAUCUGUGAAAAGGACUAAAAACUACAACACGUUUUUGUAGUUUACGUGGAGACGAUAAUGAUAUCGGUUUCACUUUGAAACUCGUUUUUUUAAAGUUUGUGUUUUCAGGCUCCCAAAAAGCUGUUUUCGUAUAAAUUAACAGCCAAAAACGCAUAGUUUUCCGUUUUUAGGUGAAAAUUGUCGUGUAAACAGCCCCAAUCGAACGCCCUCUGUUAUUGUUACCAUGCAUGGCAAAGUCUUUAUAUCUUGCUUUUUGUAUUUUAGAAACAUUUUAAUAGAAAAGGCUUGGUUCUUUAUUCGUACGACUAUAUCAGUAGUACUUACAGUGGUGUGUGUGUUAACUGCUUCUUUGGAAUAAGGAACAGAGAUAAUGGGCACCAGGGCUCAAUUACAAUCUUCCUUUGGCCCCGAAGUACCUCAGGGGCCAGACUCAGUUACACAGAGAUACAGAAGGCAGUGAAAAUGACCUGUCUGUACCCAGCACCACCUACCUGGAUACAGUAUACUGUAUACAUAUCAAAAUACAUAUACCCUUAAAUGCAUCACCUUUCACCUAGCAUGUACAGAGAAUUAUUCUGAAUCACGUCAAGACAUUUGUUAAAUCAAAUGUAUGCUGCUGGACUAAUAGUGUUAAUUUUUGUAUUUCUGCUUCGUAUGAGCCGGAUCUAUAUACUGUUUUUGUAGCAUUGCUCAGUAACUAACUGUAAACUGUCUGUUUUGCUUGUAUAUAUUUAUAUAUUUGCCAUAUUCUUCAAAAAAUAAAGAUAUUUUAAAUGAC